AUGACCGCCACCAAAACAAUCUUCUCUCUGACCUACCUCCAGGUAGACAAGUACAAGAAGAAGGAGAAAGUUAAUGGCGCCAUAAAAAAGGCCUUGAAGCGUGCGGACAAGGCCGGCGUCAGCAAGGAGAAGGUGAAGAUUACUGGCGACUACAUUGCCUUUAAGAAUAAAAAGACCAAGAUCAACCGCGGCGACGUUGUCUCCCUCAAAAUGAACAAACCCAAGAGGGUUUUGAUAAUUGCGACAAAAAUCACGAAGAAGACCCCAGGCGAGGUGGUUACGAUGAGGUUUGCUGAUGAGGACGAUUUCAAGGAAUGCUUGAAUCUGCUGCAGUCGAAGAAGCCAACGAAGGAUGAGGAGACAGAGAAAGAGGACGUGGAGGUGGAGGAGGAGGAGGACGAGCAAGUGACUAAGACUCCAGUCUCCAGGACCAGCUCUAAGCACCGAAGUGCGUCUUCAUCAAGCUCUUCUCCGCUCCGAUUUUCGCCCAGAAGCAACACACCCACUUUCCAACCUCAGAGCCAUCAUCCAACCGAGCACUCGCUGAAAUCGUCUCACUACUCACUGUCGGAAAGCACUGUUACACCUCCGACUCGCCAUUCAGAGCACUCGAGGGUAAUCACUCCACGUAGGCACUCAGUGGCUUCUGUUAAACGCCCAAGGCAAAAGUGCAGCGUCAGCUACGUGACAACGGACGUGUUGGAGAGGGUUAGCAAGUCCACGAUGCCGACUCUUCGAAGAGGCCGCAGUCAGACAAGGAAUUCGUCGGCAAAGAAAAUCAUCUACGCCAACAGGGGCGGGGUAAGGCCGAGAAAUCGCAGCAUGUUUGUCUACACGUCGGCGGUUCCCAACAAGUCGGGCGUAAAAUCGCCAACUGGAAAAAUCGACGAGGUGAUGGAGGAGAUCGAACAAGGCCUGGAACGUCUGGCGGUGUCCAGCAGCGACCUCAGUAGCUCCAGAAACGACUCGGAUUCGUCAACCGAUCUCUCCCAAGACAGGGGCAUUCGAAUUUUGUACCCGGAAAAUCAGAUUCGCUCGCCAGAUCUGCCGAAUCUGCGGAAUCCGCGGCCUACGCAGGACAACACUGAAUCGGACUCCACGACUUACGAGUGGUACAAAAAGCGGGCGGACAAAGGCAAGAUAAUGAAGGCUCGUAUCAUUGAGUACACAGAGUGUCCGAAAUGCCGCCGCAGAAGUAUGUCGCAUUCACGGCCUUGUUGA